GAGAUCCGAGUUCUGUUAAGAAGCCAUGCAACAGAGCAGAAUGCUGACUCAGGCAACUGUGACUGCCACAUUCUUUGUGCGUGAUUCUAUAGCCGUGUGUACAUUGCAAGCCCUAUAGCUCCUGCUACAAAGAAACAAGUGUAUUCUGAUUUAUGUACUCAAAUAACAGUGCAGCAGCUCUUCCCAUUAGAAAGAUUUUUGCUGUGAAGUUCAGAAUGGGAGAUAAACCAAUUUGGGAGCAAAUUGGAUCAAGCUUUGUACAACAUUACUACAAUCUGUUUGACACUGACCGCAGCCAGUUAUCGUCCAUAUAUAUUGACUCUUCAUGCCUUACCUGGGAAGGACAACAAUGUCAAGGCAAAUGUGCUAUUGUUGAGAAACUAUCAAGCCUUCCUUUUCAGAAAAUCCAGCAUAGCAUCACGGCACAAGACCAUCAACCUACAACAGAUGCCUGCAUACUCAGUAUGGUGGUUGGGCAGCUAAAGGCUGAUGAUGACCAAAUCUUGGGCUUCCAGCAAACCUUUGUGUUGAGACAUAUGAGUAGUGCUUGGGUUUGUACCAAUGAGAUCUUCAGGCUAGCUCUGCACAACAUGUAACUCUAUUCUCCCUCUGAAGAGAGGCCGAUGAUGACCCAGUCAUGGGAUUCCAUCAAGUCUUUCUAUUAAAGAACAUUAAUGAAGCCUGGGUCUGUACUAAUGACAUGUUCCGGCUAGCACUGCAUAACUUUGGCUGAAUAUCCUCAACUGGAGACUGGAUAAACUAUUCAUCUGCUCUUUUGGAUUAUUUUUUUUGUGUUUCUAAACAAUUCAUAUCCACAGAACAUUGCAAACAUCAUACACAGUAUAUAUUGGCUGAAGAAAUCUUUCCUCCUGGGUCAGUCUUAAACCUUAUGCGGAGUUAUCAUAGCCGCUAAUAAUUUUGUAGACAGCCAAGUAAUCUAACAGUUUAAAGGAAACUUGUGUGUGAUCUUUGGAAUUGUUUUGCACUUAACACAAUUGUACAAGCAUGCCUUUGGAAAGAUAAAGUGAACAGGAUUGCUUUUUAUGUAAUACAAAAAAAUAAAAACUAGUAAUCCAAAGAAAUGGGAAAUAAGAGAGGCAUUCGAAUUGGCUUGCUCAAGAGCUGAUGUUCUGUUUUUUUUAUUGGUUUAAAUGUUUCAAAUUAAACAAACUAAAAAACUUCCAUUUCAAUUUUUUAUAAUAUAUGAAUGUGAAGAUGUGUUUUCUGAUUCUCAUCUAAAAAAGUUUGCAACUUAAACAAUCCUGGAAUUAAAUUCUCUUUUUUCUCUAAA